GAGGUGCUGCCUGGCGGAGGAUGCGAGGGUCCGGGGCCAGCGGAGGCAGGAGGGGCGGAGGUCCCCGCCUGCGCUCGCGCCCGUGCCCCGCAGCUGUUUCCUGCCCCUCCGCUCGCCAGGACGCCAGCCGCCUCCCCGGGAGCACUCGCUUUCUAGGCUCCUGGACACCCCCGGCCUCUCCGCUCUGGCCCCCGACCUGCCCCAGCUGCUUCACCCCGCAGAGAAGUGGUGCCUUUUGGACUUCCUCCCCAGGACAAGUUGGAAUGGCUGUGAAGGUCCCCAUGCACCCCCAAAUCUCCCGGGGUGGGGAUGAAAUUAUAUGGCGAGGCUGGCUUGAGACAUUAUCAUAGUGUGGAAUACAGUGCCCUUAGGUGCCACAUCUGAUUCCUUCAAAGGGGAAGAUGUUCUGAGAUGGGGAAGAAACCCAGCGGGCUCCCGUGGAGACACUCUUGAAGACAUCUUCUUAGGAGGAUGGCCCACAACGGCUCAUUCCCGCAGUUGUCGUAAGGAGCCGGCGCCCUUGGCAGACAUUUGGGGUCAUCGCCUCCUCAGACCCUCGCACUUGCUUCGAUUUGCCUGCGGCCUCGAGAGAAGGCUGCUUGCGGGCCAUGGGCUGCUUCGAACCCUGCUGGGCCUGUGCUGGACACUGAUCUCGUCUAUGAGCCAUCGGCGAGGCUCGCUGGCCAGCCCUUCUCCUCUGCUGGGUCCCCGGCCCCCCAGGUCCGGCCUUUCUGCCUGCGGCUGGCGUCUCAGCAUCGCUUGCUCGGAGUCCUGUCUCCCCGGCGCCCACGCAUGUUGCAGUGAACAAUGUCGAGACCCACGGGACGGUCAUGGCUUGCUCUGUGCUUCCCCCCGGUCUGCGCCCUGCUGAACCCCAGUGUCCUGCUGGGGCUCACGGCCCUGGUCCUCAAGGUCACGCUCGUUGACGGUCAAGCCCAGCACCCUGUCGUCAACACCAAUUACGGCAAAAUCCGUGGCCUAAGAACACCCUUGCCCAAUGAGAUUUUGGGCCCAGUGGAGCAGUACCUGGGGGUCCCGUACGCCUCUCCCCCCACGGGCGAGAGGCGGUUUCAGCCCCCGGAGCCGCCCUCCUCAUGGACUGGGAUUCGCAAUGCCACUCAGUUCGCCGCCGUGUGUCCCCAGCACUUGGAUGAGAGGUCGCUCUUGCAUGACAUGCUCCCCAUUUGGUUUACCGCCAACCUGGAUACUCUAAUGACCUACGUUCAAGACCAAAACGAAGACUGCCUCUAUCUCAACAUCUACGUACCUACGGAAGAUGGAGCCAACACAAAGAAACACGCAGAUGAGAUCACCAGUAAUGACGGAGGUGAAGAUGAAGACAUCCAUGAUCAGAGCAGCAAGAAGCCCGUCAUGGUCUACAUCCACGGCGGCUCCUACAUGGAAGGGACCGGCAACAUCAUAGACGGGAGCAUCCUGGCCAGUUACGGCAACGUGAUCGUCAUCACCGUGAACUACCGCCUGGGGAUCUUGGGGUUUUUAAGCACCGGCGACCAGGCGGCCAAAGGCAACUACGGACUCCUGGACCAGAUCCAGGCGCUGCGGUGGAUCGAGGAGAACGUCGGGGCCUUCGGUGGCGACCCCAAGCGCGUGACCAUCUUCGGCUCGGGCGCAGGAGCCUCCUGCGUCAGCCUGCUGACAUUGUCGCACUACUCAGAAGGCCUGUUCCAGAAAGCUAUCAUCCAGAGCGGGACGGCGCUGUCCAGCUGGGCCGUGAACUACCAACCGGCCAAGUACACCCGGAUCUUGGCAGACAAGGUGGGCUGCAACAUGCUGGACACCACAGACAUGGUGGAGUGCCUUCGGAACAAGAACUACAAGGAGCUCAUCCAGCAGACCAUCACCCCGGCCACGUACCACAUCUCCUUUGGGCCCGUCAUUGACGGGGACGUCAUCCCCGACGACCCCCAGAUCCUGAUGGAGCAGGGCGAGUUCCUGAACUAUGACAUCAUGCUCGGCGUCAACCAGGGCGAGGGCCUCAAGUUCGUGGACGGCAUCGUGGACAACGAAGACGGCGUGACGCCCAACGACUUCGACUUCUCCGUGUCCAACUUUGUGGACAACCUGUACGGCUACCCGGAGGGCAAGGACACCCUGCGGGAGACCAUCAAGUUCAUGUACACGGACUGGGCGGACAAGGAGAACCCGGAGACGCGCCGUAAAACCCUGGUGGCCCUCUUCACCGACCACCAGUGGGUGGCCCCCGCGGUGGCCACCGCCGAUCUGCACGCCCAGUACGGGUCUCCGACCUACUUCUACGCCUUCUACCACCACUGCCAGAGUGAGAUGAAGCCCAGCUGGGCGGACUCGGCCCACGGCGACGAGGUCCCCUACGUCUUUGGCAUCCCCAUGAUCGGUCCCACGGAGCUCUUCAGCUGCAACUUCUCCAAGAACGACGUGAUGCUCAGCGCUGUGGUCAUGACCUACUGGACCAAUUUCGCCAAGACCGGUGACCCCAAUCAGCCCGUGCCUCAGGACACCAAGUUCAUCCACACCAAACCCAACCGCUUCGAGGAGGUAGCCUGGUCCAAGUACAACCCCAAAGACCAGCUGUACCUCCACAUCGGCCUCAAGCCGCGAGUGCGCGACCACUACCGGGCCACCAAGGUGGCCUUCUGGCUGGAGCUGGUGCCGCAUCUGCACAACCUCAACGAGAUAUUCCAGUACGUCUCCACCACCACGAAGGUGCCUCCUCCUGACAUGACCUCCUUCCCCUAUGGGACGCGGCGCUCCCCCGCCAAGAUCUGGCCCACCACCAAGCGCCCGGCCAUCACGCCCGCCAACCACCCGAAGCACUCCAAGGACCCGCACAAGACGGGGCCCGAGGACACCACGGUCCUCAUCGAGACCAAGCGGGACUACUCCACCGAGCUGAGCGUCACCAUCGCGGUGGGGGCGUCCCUGCUGUUCCUCAACAUUCUGGCGUUCGCGGCCCUGUACUACAAGAAGGACAAGAGGCGGCACGAGACGCACCGGCGCCCCAGCCCCCAGCGCAACACCACCAAUGACAUCGCGCACAUCCAGAACGAGGAGAUCAUGUCGCUGCAGAUGAAGCAGCUGGACCACGACCACGAGUGCGAGGCGCUGCAGGCCCAUGACACGCUGAGGCUCACCUGCCCGCCCGACUACACCCUCACCCUGCGCCGCUCCCCGGACGACAUCCCGCUCAUGACCCCCAACACCAUCACCAUGAUCCCCAACACACUGACCAGCAUGCAGCCUUUGCACACCUUCAACACCUUCAGCGGCGGGCAGAACAGUACAAACCUACCACACGGGCACUCCACCACCAGAGUAUAGCUUGGCUGGCCCCACCGCGCCCCGCCCCUGGCCAGCACCCUCGGCCCUUCCCAGCCAGAGUGGGGGAGCAGCGAGGCAACAUCUCCACCCAAGGAAUGUCCACCUGAGGACCACACAGGCAAAACACACGGCGAAAGGGCAGCCCGUUGCGCUGUCCCUGUGGACGCACCCCCUUGGCUCAAGAUCGACUUCUGACCCCACGAAAUGUGAAGCGUAGAUGUCACGAGCACCAACCCCGCUUUCAGAUGGCCACCGUGGCGGCGAACCUUUCAGCGCGGGGCCCAGCACCCUCCCGGAACCGGGGUCUUCCCCAGCCUGACCACUCAAGCUGACUCCUCCGAAACUCAGCCAGGGACACUUCAUGGUGGUGGUGUUUUCUUUUUUUUUAAUUGCAAUUUCAAAAUAAUAAUAAUAAUAAUAAUGAUAAUGAUAAUAAAAGUUCUUUAUGUGCCAUACGACAGAUGGCUCUAGUGAAGGGGAGAAAGACUCUGUGGGCGUUUACCCAGCAAACAGCUCUAGUCCAAGAAGGAAGAGAACUACAAUUUUAUUAUUCCAGUAGGACCACUGACUAUGCAGAACCGUAGGUACACCUGGGGGCAAAGGGGUGUUUUGCCAGCCUGGACUCUAUUUAAGAAACUUUGUAACAAUAAAAAGAAAAUGUAUAUAGAUGUGCGUUGAAACCCACAGACACUCCCGUCCUCCUCCCCCUCAAGAAAACACAACAAAACAAAACAGGCUUUCAUUGGUGUUUUUAGUUUGAAAGAGCUUUUAGCGAGAUUGUACUAGCCCCAUUGUGGUCUGUAUGUAUAUAAUAUAUAUAUACACACACAUUAGUCAUAUCACCUCUGUUUCCUGCCAACCGUAGGAGGUAUUUCUUCUUAAUUCCUUGUGAGGAUGAGGAGGAACAGCUUUGUCACGGGUGUUCUGUGUAGCAGGGGGCAGCGUCUGUGGCCCUGGGGACACCGUCCCCUUCCCAGGUUGUACCAGUGCAUGUGACCGCAACCUUAGGAGACCGAUGUUUUAGGAAAUGUUUAUUUUCAUGUGUGUGCGCGCGUGUGUGUAUGUGUGUGUGUGUGUGUGUGAAGUUUUCAUGAAGUCGACACACAAAGACACUUCGCGUGGGGUCUGUGGAAGGCCCAUCAGGCUGGGAAAAGAGAGAGAGGGAAAUUUCAGUUCUGUUGUCCGGGCUUUUCGACUGUGUUGGGGAAGGGUUGCUUGCCAGCGCGGGGGCCCUGCCAGGAACGAGAGAAAGCAGGCCUUUGGCGAGGCGGGUGCUGCCCUGUCAGUACAGCUCUGUCCUCUGCCGCAGCUGCUCCGAGGUCUGUCUGUGCAAGGCGUGGGUGUCCCUAGCUCAGCGCGCCCGGUGGCAGGACAGCGCCUGACUUCCCUUUCCGCUGUAGAAGCCGGGAGUCCCUUCUUUAUCAAUCAGCAAGCAGAGUUUUGGUUGGUUUGGUUUUCGGCCCUAUGCUUUCUAGGUCCGUCUCACAACAUUGCUUUGUGUGGAUGGGUGUAUCUGGCUGUGAUCACGAACGUGACAGAGAAAAACACACACCGAAGGGGAGACAGAACCUCAGUGGCGCUUGGUGUGGGGUGUCCAAGAAGUUAGGGGGGCUUCCCCGUGGAGGUGACACACGGAAGUCAUUCACCCAUUUAGAGUGGGCAACCUGGGGGGCAGAGUCCCCCCCCCCGACAUGUGGUCAUUUUCUCGUUGUCCCUUUCAUCUCCCCAGGUGAAGAGUAUGUUGAGUGUCGUAAACGGAGGGGCGGGGAACAAAUGGGGGCCAGUGUCCACGGUUAUGUGUUGUGUUGCAGAAAUUAUUGCGACCCCGGGAAAGAGUAGCCAAAGAUAAUUGCAGAGGGCCUCUCUGGGCUUCAUGGGGUGUCCCGUAGAAACCUAGUCUCCAGUGUUGUUGCAAAGGCAGGUGGGUGCCUCCAAACACAACCCUGCUUUCUCUGAAGGCAAGACAGAGGUGGUAGCAAUUUCAAUCAGAGAGCUCGAGAAAGCCCUUGAGGGCAAAGGCACUUCCUAGCAAUGGUCGAAGGUCCUGUUUCUCUUGGUUUAAACUGGAGGCGGAGUCUCGGUAUGUUCUUGUUGUGACCGUCUCAUUCCCCCAUCUGGAGGCAGCGAAGCCACGCACCUUUCUUGCAGCUGGAGGAGAGGAUUCGUGCCCCCGGUGCGUGAACCCCGCCAGCUCGCGUCACACCAUCCCUCAGGCUCUGUAUACUGACCGCAAACACCCACUCCAUCACACCACAGAGGAGAGACACUUUCAUCGGUGUGGGUACGUCUGUACUAGGACUUCCAGUAUUUGUUGAGUAUUUCCAGUUGUCUUCAGCUAGCACUAUGCCCAGCACUGUAUCAGGCUUGUCACAUUUGGGUCCGCGGGGGGCAGGGAAGGAGUUCUUCUUCAGUGAAUAACUACUUUAGCUUUUCCAGAGGAUUAUGAUCAAAAGCAAUUUAAUACGCCUUCAACGAUACCGUAUUUCUACAUGAGAAGGAGUUCUAGAAUCUUCAUAGAGUUCUAUGAGAAUAAAAUAGACUUGCUAUCUAUUAAAAAAAACUGAAAAAAGAGGAAAAUGAGAAAAAAUGCGUAAAAAAAUUUUUUUCUUUCCUAGGCUUUUCUUCUCGACCUUCACAGGCUCGCAGGGUUUCAUGGUUUUUCGGGUUGUUAUUUUGCGAUCUUGUUUUUGAUUUUGCCUUAAGUAAUGAUAGAACAUAUAUAUGGCUGGACACAUAUGUAUAAACUUUUCAGCAAAGCAUUUUUAAUA